AUGAAAAUUAAAUUUAUUAUUGUUACAUCGUUUACCAUGAAUCGAAUCAAUCGUACGUAUUAUUGCGAUGAUGCAUAUGCUCAGAGCAGUGGGUUCACACAUCGAUGUAAUGACCCUACUUUCUUUGGUGACUCAUUGUUACUGAUUUAUGAUUGCAAAGUAAUCUACGAUUCAAGUACACUCAGGGUGGAGAGCGUUAUGCAAUUAAUCGAGCCAAUGAGUUUAGUGCGUACAUAUAUAUUGGCUGUGAACCAAAUGUUAGUGGAUCAUAAAGGUGUGUUUGUACAAGUGUUAAUGCGCGAGCAGAUAAAUUAA